UCACCGUUAAAUAUUCAACAAUGAACAUCUCUAAAGAGACUUGGAAAGUGAUUUUAUUUUUAGUUUUUGCACAAUCAAUAUUAGCAAAAGCAAUUGAAUUUAAAGCCGACAAUGGAGAGCUAUAUAUAUUGGAACCAAGUGAAGAGUAUAACUGGUAUCAGGCUUGGCUGACUUGUUCCCACCAAAAUGGGCAACUUAUAAAUCUUAAUACCGAGGAAAAGAGUAAACUUUUGCACAAAAUAUUUGAAAGUAAUCAGGUUCAAUUUACAAAUUUUUGGAUCGGUGGCAAAGCUUCUGUAGAUGAGAAUAAUAGUCCCUUUUAUUGGCAGUCGUUGAAACAAGAAUUUUCCUAUGCCCAGUGGGAUGAAAAUCAACCUAAUAAAAGUCUAACGGAGCCCUUAUGCGUCUAUAUAACUAAAAACUCUGAAGUGCCCUACAGCUGGAGAUCUGACACAUGUUAUGACCUUAAACUUGGUUACAUAUGCGAAAGGUCUGAAUAUUCAAAUUCCCCGACAAUAAAACAACAUAUCAACUUUAAAGACCACAAUAAAAUAGAUGAACUAUCGCAGUAUUCAUUAUUGCCAAAGAAUUUAAAUAAGUUGGGAAAUUAUACUACUGCUUGGAGGGAUCUGGUUAGAAAGGCUAUAAGAAAAACGCAAAUAAACAUCGUUAGAAGCUUUUUUCAAAUAGAACAUUUUAUUGCCAAGUUACGAGGCAUUAAAGAAAACGUGAAUUAAAAGUAUAUGUUGUGAAAAUUUGAAAAUAGAAUACGGCUAAAAAAUAUAAAA